AUGGUUUCCUUUCGGACCAUAGCCGCUGCCUUUGCCGGCCUUGCUGCGUUUUCGCAGGAAACACUAGCACACUCUACGCAGCGGAACCCGUUGAAGUACGUGACCGUCCUCGAAGAUGCCGUCUUCCACUCCCCUUCGCAACAUUGCCACGCCCUGUCGCACUUCGACCUCACUUUCGCCCUGCACGACAAGCAGCAGGAAAUCCGUCUAGCGCUGGAACCGAACCACGACAUCCUCCACAACACCCUGCAAGUGAACUACAUGGGCAGCGACGGCAAGAUCCACACCACAGAGACGGUCGAUCGGUCGGAACACCGCGUGUUCCGAGGAAAGGCGUUUGUACGGCCCGAGGGGCGACCCGACGAUUGGAGCCACGCCGGGUGGGCUCGAAUCACGGUACACCGAGACGGCGCCAACCCCAUUUUCGAGGGCGCUUUUCGGAUUUACGACGACCACCACCGCAUCCAGACCGGAGCCAACUACCAUGCGCGCAAGCACCGCGAAGACCCCGACGCUCCGAGCAGGCAGAACCCCGAUGAGUACAUGGUCGUGUGGAGGGAUUCGGACGUCAUCGAACACUGGACCGACAGGGAGGACUUGAAGAAGAAGCGGGAGGUUUUCGGCCGGUCUUCGUGCAACUCGGACAGCUUGGACUUCAACAGCGACUACAAGCUCUUUGACGCACGGGAUCCCGAUCCUCUGCAGUCCGUGUCAUCCAACUCUCUCUUCGGACGUUCCAUCUUUGGGAGGCAGACGGUUGACGGCAGCACCGGCAACAACGGCGCUGGCGUCAACCUCGUGUCCACCAUCGGACAAACCGCCGGCUGCCCGACGACGCGCAAGAUUGCGCUGCUGGGUGUCGCCACCGACUGCACCUACACGGCCGCUUUCAACUCGACCCAGGCUGUCAGGCAGAACAUUAUCGAUGUGAUCAACUCCGCGUCCGAGGUGUACGAGAGCACCUUCAACAUCUCGCUCGGAAUCCAGAACCUGACCAUCAGCGACGCCAACUGUCCCGGCCAGGCCAGUUCGACUGCACCCUGGAACGUUGCCUGCAGCAACAGCGUUACGAUUACGGAUCGCCUGAACCUGUUUUCCGCAUGGCGUGGCAAGUCCGACGACACCAACGCCUUCUGGACGCUCAUGAGCACCUGCGGUACCGACUCCGCCGUCGGCCUCGCGUGGUUGGGACAAGCCUGUAUCGAUGGAGCCCAGACCUCGGGCAGCGGCAGCAACAACGAGACCGUUGCCUCGGCAAAUGUCGUGAUCCAGACGCCGAGCGAGUGGCAGGUCGUCGCUCAUGAGGUCGGCCAUACAUUUGGCGCCGUGCAUGACUGCAUGGACACAACCUGCAGCAACGGUGAUUCCGACAUGCAAAAAUGCUGCCCUCUGAGCUCCGGUACCUGCGACGCCGGCGGCGCCUACAUUAUGAACCCUUCGACUGGCAGCGGCAUCCGCUCUUUCUCGCCCUGCAGUAUUGGCAACAUCUGCUCUGGCCUCCAGCGUGGCUCGGUCAAGUCGACUUGCCUGGCGAACAACCGCGACGUAAACACCAUCACCGGAAGUCAAUGUGGUAACGGCAUCGUUGAGGCCGGUGAGGAGUGCGAUUGCGGCGGCACUAGUGGCUGCGGUAGCAACAGGUGCUGCAACCCUACGACGUGCAAGUUCACCACAGGUUCCAGCUGUGACCCGGCCAACGAGGACUGCUGCAACGGGCAAUGCCAAUUUGCCUCCAACGGCACCGUUUGCCGUCAGAGCACCGGCUCCUGCGAUCCCGAGGAGACUUGCAGUGGUUCGUCGUCGACCUGCCCCAGUGACGUGCACAAGGACGACGGUGACGCGUGUGGUAACUCGGGCGAGGGCCUUACGUGUGCCUCCGGCCAGUGCACUUCUCGCGACCAGCAGUGCCUGACCGCCUGGGGAUCCCGCACCAACUCGAGCUCGGUGUCUUCUUGCAACAGCGGCAGCUCGGACUGCAUGAUCUCCUGCAACGUGCCUAGUAUCAGCAAUGCCGCCUGUGUCACGAUGAAUCAAAACUUCCUCGACGGAACGUCAUGCACGGGAGGCGGCAAGUGCUCCAACGGCCAGUGUAAGGGCUCCAAUGCCGGUAGCGAAAUAUGGGACUGGAUUCAGAACAACAAGGGUAUCUUCAUACCCGUUGUCAUUGUUGUCGGCCUCCUGGUCCUCAUAGUCUUGUUCAGUUGCAUUUGCGGAGCGUGCCGGAGGAGCAGGAGCCGGACCCGGGCCAAGCGUCUACAGGCGGUUCCAGUGCCGCCAAUGUCGAACGGCAACGGCGGGUGGAAUGGCUACGGGGGUGCUUGGAGCAACCCCAACAUCCCUCCACCGCCGCCGGCCGCGACCCGUCCUGGUGGCCCUCCGUCCUACCCGGGCAGCUACCAAGACGGGUACCAGAAUGGCGGUUGGGGAAUGAACAGGACUCAGAGCGCCAGGUACGCCUAA